CGACCAUCGCACCUCACCGCAAGCCAUGGCACUCCCGGAAACAACGUAUGUCUCCACCACGCUCCGUCUCCGCCCUCUCAAUGACUCCGAUGCUCGCCGCGUUGCCGAGCUUGCCGAGCGUGGAAUGCCCGAGUCGGCAGGGGCGGCUUGCUCGCUGGCGGCACUACCGGACAACGCCGUCGAAGCGAGCCAGGACGAGAUAUACCACGCCGGUGCUGCUCCGGUUGUAUCCCAGUGGCUUGCCGGCUACGAUGCAGCGGUCAUGGCGUACGGCACGACCGGAUCCGGCAAGACCCACACCAUGAUUGGACCCGAGUCCGACCGCGGCGUGAUGUGGAGGGCGGCCCGCGCCGGGCUCAACGCGCUGGCCAACGGCGACACCAUGCACCUCUCGGCGUACGAUCUGUAUUGCGGCCGUGUCCAAGACAUGCUGUCCAAAGAUCGGACUAAGCUUAAGGUGCGGGCGAGACCGUGCGAGUCGAUAACCGACCAGCGCGCUGGUUGGCGUGGCGUGGCUGAGGGCGCAACCGUUGUCGAGGUGCCCGACGAGGCCGCGUUUGACGCCGCCAUGGCCAGAGUCCUCCACAACAGAACAGUGUGGAUGACGUACAUGUCAGCAGCAUCGUCGCGAUCGACUCUCUUUAUCUCUCUCACUCUCACCCAGGCCGACGGCACCUCGGCAUCGCUGCACCUCGUCGAUCUUGCCGGCGCCGAAAACGUCCACGACGCCCGCAUCGCCGGCCCAGUCCAUCUUGCCGAGUCCAAAGCCAUCGGUCGAUCGCUCGACGCGCUCGUCAGAGUCGUUCUGGCGCUUGUGGAGAAGAGGAAGCACGUGCCGUACCGCGACUCGCGGCUGACGAUGCUCUUACGGACCGCGCUCGGCGGCAACGCCUGCGCCUCGCUCAUCGCCACUCUUGUCCCGCUCGAUGUUGACGCCGGCCGCAACUCCACCACCCUCAAAUUUGCAGCCGCCAUCGCUCGCGUUCGCAACGUUGCCGUGCCGGCCGGCCAGUCUGCCGAUGCCCAGGCGAGAGCGGAGGCGAUGCGUGAGGCCGACAUGGCUACGAUCGCGCCGCAGCCGCUGGCGUGGACCAGGACCGAGUCAGCCGCCGCCGGAUGCGGGGUCAUUGAGGUCAUCAUGCCGUGGGGUGCACCUGUGGCCUGCAUUGCCACUUCGCCGGAAGAGUGGCACUCGUCGCGCGGUCUUGUUAUCGCUCUGCAUGGAUAUGGCAAAACGGCAAGCGCCGACAGCUGGAAGUGGGGCAUCGAGGCGUACGCCGACGCCGGCUACGCCGUCAUCGCCAUCAACAUGCCCGGCUUUGGCGGCUCGCCCGGCCCGCGAUCCAAGGCCCGUUCCGAGGACGUGACUGCACCGGGCGGCCCGCUCGCUGUCGUCGUCGCCGUCCUCAACGCCGUGGGUUGGACAGCACCGGUUGCGGUACUCGGCUACGACUGGGGGGCGGCCAUUGCGCUCGAGUUGGCCAAGUCGCGCCCGUGGCGGGUGGCGGCGCUCGUUCUCAUGCACGCCAUGGUGACCGAGACCAAGCGGUACCUCAAGAUCAAGACGCCAAGCCUUAUCCUAUGGGUCCCCACCGACGUCUUUCACCCGCGCAAGACCGCGGUCGCGCUGCAUCGCGCGCUGAAAUCAGCCUCGCUCUCCUUCUUCCACGCCGGACAAUACAAGGCGAGCAAGACUCGCGGCAACUAUGCGUGCGUGGCAGACCAGCUUGUGCCGCUUGCUGUCGCACAUGUCGACGCACAUCUCUCGGGCGUCGCCGUUCCAGCACAGUCGACCGCGCCACCGGCAUCGCUGCCGCUCUCAGUUGCACCGACUCGCGAGUUGCUGAUCCAGGAUGCGGUGGCAAUGGUGCGGGCCUGGGACGAUGACGGCUCGCUCGGGGAGCGCAUCUGCGCAGUUGUCCACCUCCACAUCGGGUCGAGUGCACCACAGCUCAAGCGCGAGUCGGCUGCAGUCUUUGCGGCGCUUCCGAUCAUUGGCACAAACCGCGAGACAACGUCGGCUGAGCUUGUUGCUCUUGGAGUCUGGGCAAGUGCACCGAUCGGUGUCGACGCCCUCGCUCCGCCGCCGUCGCUCGAGCCUGGUUCGCGGCUGGCAGUCAGCUCGAGGCACAUCCGCCCGCUGGUCGAGCCGCCCGGAGCAUAUCUGGCGUACGAUGCUGAGACCGACUACGGCGAGGCGUUCACCAACCAGCUGUGCACGGUUGUAUCUUCCAAUGAGACAACCGUGCGAGUCGCUAUCCCGACAGCCGAUGGUGGAAACGCCGAGGUGACGCUUGAUCGGGAGGCGGCCGAGCGCGGUUCAAUCUAUGGCGUUCCUGGCUACUUGAGCAGGCAGCCAAAUGGGACGCUCGUUUUCGAGGACUUAAUUACGGCUGACUACUCGGUGCCGGCCAUGCGCGCCAUCAUGCUCCGCGCGGCGCUUCAGCUGGAGAGCGUGGCCAUCCAGAUCGAGGUCUCCUGCGACGGCGACGAGGCUAUCAACGAUGCGGCUCGGGCGGCUGUCCCGUUUGUGGUGUGGUCGACGGUGGACAUGAGCCGGCUUCAGGAUGGGGUCGAUCGGCGGCGGAACACCUCGCACAGGGUGGAGCAGCUGGUGACCGGAGGGCAGGGCCACUGCCACGGGCUUAGCUCGGCCAUGGCAGCGCUCCUCCUCCCGUUCUGCGACCUGCUCGGCAUGCGGGUGGCGUACUGUCGUGGCUACACGCUGAGAUCUGACGACGAUGCUGUCCGCAACGACGUCGAUCGCCACCAGUGGCUGCAGAUCUCGAUGCUACCAAGCGGGCGGAGCUACACGUGCGACGUCUCGCGGUACGGCUUGCCUGCGCCGCAGCAGCAACACGACCGCAGCACACUGGCGGCCGAGACUGUGGCGUUGGCGGCCGAGGCCGGAGCGUUAUUGGCUUCACCAGAACUCGCGCUCCCAAUCGAACUGGCAUACAGUCUGGCCGGCGCCCGAUAUGUGGCCCUUGGGUGCUGAUUGAAGGGAAGCAGCGCCAGGUGCUGAGUGUUCAUUGAGCGUGUUCGGGCCGAGUUCGGCGCAUCGAGCCGGGUUUGGGGAAGCAGAUGUGAAGCUACUGUUUGGCAGCCUUGCGCAGCUCCUUAUUCUUCUUCUUGAGCUCCUUGUACUUGCGCUCGGCCUCGGCGGCGCGGACGAGAGCAUCCUCC